AAAAAAUUUGAUAGAAAACGGUGGUGGAAAGGUCGGACCAACUAAACAAUUUGACUAUACUUUGUUGUGUAUGUUUCUUAUAACCCACGUGCUUAUAAUGAGAGUGAAGUAAAAUACUUUUUGCUGAUAAAACAAUGGAGAAACGUCAGUUUGAUGAAAAACUUGGGGGACACGUAUUUUUGCCUCGAAAUAUUAACCUUCUGAAAUUUCUUGCUGCCAGGGCGCCUGAAAUGAUGGCUAUGACACGAUAUUUAGAAAGCCUAGAAGCCAAAAAACAAACUUCUAAAAAGAUUCCAAUGCACAUGAGAAGACGAUUAAUGUCUCAUCAUGCAAAACGAAAAUUUAGACCAUCUAAAACUCAGGAAACUUCUGUUUCUGAAGCCUUCACUUCACAUGAGAAGACAAGUGAUAUCUCACAAUGUAAAACGAAUGAUUCGAUGACUAAUAAAAGCUCACCUAGAACAGAUAAAAAAAUCAAGCCUAGCAAUUCCAAGAAAAAGGCCUUAAAGAAAGAACAGAAGACGUAAUUUUUUGAAAGAAUAUACUCGAAGACGAAGAAGAUAGUCAGAAAUUUAUAUAUGUUAUCCAAAAAGGUUUUAUAUGAAUGGAAAAUGAGGAUACAAAAUUGCUAAUUACUCUAAUGACCGUAGUUUCUAUUUCUUCUACCGAAUCAAAAAAGGUGGAUGGAAUCUAACUAUCCUGCUAACUAACUAAUAGAAAAGAAAAACAAUCAAGUAUUAGUUAGAAAUACUUAAAUAAAAUGUUAACGGCUGGCUCCUUUACGAAUUCUCAAUAUAUGUUUAUAAAAUUUCAUGUAAAGUAUUGUUGCUUAGAUGAUGUCAUUAAUUAAUUUAGAGAAGCUAUGACCUUAAGCUUAAGCUUAGUUAAAAGUACAAAUAGAAGAGUUAUCUAUCAUUCAAUUAUUAAUCUAAACUGAUUUCGGACGAGAAUCAGACAAAUUUGUUUAUUUAUAAUGAAAUAAAUUUUCUAUAAAAUUUUAAUGUGAGAAUUUUAUAAAUAAU